AUGUUAUCAACCAACUAUUAUAAUAACAAUAACAAUCACUUUGUCAAUUCCAAGUGUAUCUACAUUGAUUGUGGUAUCGCCACCAAUCAAUUAAACAAUAAUAGUAAUAAACAACAUCAACAACUACAACAACAAGAACAACAAGAACAACAUUCCACAUCACCACCAUCAUCUACAUACUCGACCAGUCCGAACUCAAGCUCCUCUUCCUCAUGUUCAAGCAGAAGGAAUUCCCCAUCACAACUCAAUAGAUUCCCAUUCCUCAGUGACUACCUAUCUGGAUCUGCCGAUCUCCUGGUCAAGAAAAUGGAGGCAGGCGUCACCGAAAUCCUUGAAGUAAUAUUACAAUGGUUAAUUGAAGACCUAAAUGAAUCAACCUACAUCCUGUUUACAGCAUUCUUUUUGGCCGAUAAAUACGUAAAGAAAGUUGGUAUUAGACAAAGUUCAGUCUUGUGGUUAAUACUGACAAGUUGUAUAGUAGCGAUAAAAAUGUAUAGUGAAUCCAAAAUUAAUAUGAAUAGAAUUGCCAGUAAAUUCGAUACCAAUCCAACCAACAUUAUCAAAAUGGAGAUGGAAUUCCUAUCGAUCAUGUGCUACCGACUUUAUGUUGAAGAGCAAACCGUCAAUGCUUUUCUCACACAUAUAUUUUUCGAAUUCAGAUGUAAUAUCACCGACCGAACCCAAGCAAUAAUGAAAGACAUACAAAAAGAAAUACAACGAAAAGAACAACAACAACAACAACAACAACCUUAA